AUGAGCGGCGCGAUGAUGGCGCCAGGAGCACCGGCGGCGAAUGGGCAUAUUACGCCGUCGCCUGCGGAGGCAGAAGAGGAAGAACUGUACACACAGCUGCUGCAGUUAGGGGAUGCUGUUGUUGCUGGGACACACCCACAGUUCACACUGCCGGCAGCAGCCAUUGCGCAGCUCAAGGCCAGUAUCGCAGCCGCGCAUGCUGUCGCUCCUGCCACGAGCACAGAAGCAUCUGCUGUCAACGGACUCGUGAACAAUGGUGUGGCUUUCAACUCGAACGCGUCUACUUACCAUGCACAGCAAUCCCAUGCAGCGCUGCCCGGGCUGCAGACGCCAGUCGCACCUUCUGUCAACAGCGCAGUGCCCCCCGCUCUGAAGCCUGCUGCAUCUGGCGGCUUGGACCCGAUCUUCUUGGAGAAGUCGGACAGCCUGGUAAGAGCAGAGGGGCAGCUCAAGCGGCAGCGCAUAGAACGCGAAUUGCAGACACAGCUAGAUCAGCGCAGACAUCCACGCGACAAAGAUCCUGGUGUUGAAGGGCCAUCGCCAAUCGAUGUGCAAGCGAUCUUGACAGCCGGUACUACACGCGCUGGGCAUGUCUCCGGGCUGCCGCCAGCAAGGGCUGGGAGUCCUGCAAGUUCGUUCGACGAGAAUGACUACUACUCCAGCCAAGUCGAAAGUACCUUCCCAGCUGUUUCCGGGCAUCAUGAUGCACCAAGUGCACCAUCUUCAUUCUUUGCUAAGCCAGCUCCUGGUGUCAAAGCAGCAGUACGUGAUCAACUCGCCAAAGAUCAUGCCGCUCUCGCCCAGAACGUCGCGGACGAUGAUGACGAGUACGACCCAGAAGACAUGGACGACGAGUACACCCCACCUGACGCUACUACCUUCGACGACCUUUACGACGAUGCCGUUGACCAGCAACAAACUCAUGAAACCUUGGACGACGACAACGACGACUACGAGCCAGGAGAGAUCAUGCAAGAGUCCAGUGCUCCAGUGCAUUACUACCAGAAUCAGCAGCAAGCUCAGCCAUCGCCACGUGUACCGAUAUACAGCAAUCACCUUACUCACAUCGCUGCCCCACAGCCGAGUCGUGUCUCGCCUUUGGCUGUCGCUAAGGGUCCAAAAAUUGAGCUGGAGCUGGUCAAUGGCAGGCCAGAAGUUGUGCACAAGGGACGUCAGAAUCAGCAUGCAGCACAAUCUCGCGCCAGCACUGCUUCUCCGCCUGCCAAUGGAGUUGGAGGCGGCAACAAGAAAAGUCGUAAGAAGAAGCGAAAACGGGAAAGUGAGCCAACAGGACGUGGGAAGCGCAAACAGAGAAACGCGGCAGCGCAGUCACCUCCAUCACCGGCCCACACAGAACCUCGUAUCAAGGCUGAGCCAGUGUCACCGCCGCCCUUCGCGAACAUACCCGAAGCAUAUCCCUACAAUCAGAGAUCGUCCAAGUAUCGACCCGCAGAAAUCGACCUAGUCUCCCCCCGCCAUGUGCAGCCGCCAGUUCAAUAUGCAGACCCUCCACGAUCAGGACUUCGGUACGAGUAUGCGCAGCCUUCUUCUCCAGCUGUGGUCAGGGUCGCUUCUCCUGCAGCACAUCGACCAGUGCAGAGGGACACGCAGGAUCUCAGACGAGUAGCAAGUCUGCACUAUGCACAAAAGCCACCGUCACCGGCACAGCGGGCGUACUCGCCGGCUCCGACCAGAACAACUUCUAUGACCUACGGGGACCCAAGGCUCACACAGCAACCCUCGGCCCCGGCGGAGUAUGAGCCUGCGCGAUACCAGGAGCCAGUGCCGCAGGACAAUGUGCGUUAUGUGCGGGCAGAUCGCUCACGCUCGCCACCAAGGCUGCAAGAGUAUCAACCUUACGCCCGGGCUAACAGUUCAAUGGUGAUGCCACCACCGACGGCGCAGCCCCGUAGGAUCGUGGUGGAUCAGUAUGGCAACCGAUACUAUGCUGCAGAGCCAGUUGCUGCACCCACUCCAGCCGCUGCGCCUUCACGAGCCUCGGUAGCUCCAGUGGAUCGUCAACCCAUGGAACUUGGCUACGAGCGAGCACCGAGCCGCAUGGCAACAUCAUACAUUGAGCACCAGCCAGAAGCCGUCCAGUAUGAGCCAAUGGACACCCGUAUGGCGCCUCCACCGUCCAGGCGCGAACAACCUCUAUACGUCGACACGAAUGCAUAUCAAGCUCGAGAGUACAGUUCACGUCCUAUGGAGCAGGUCCGUUAUGCUCAAGAACCGACUUCGCCAGUAUACCAAGCAGCUCCUCGGUACGAAACGAUGGCACCACCGCCACUGCCACCCGCGCGAGAGCCCACAUCCCCCGUCUACGCGCCACCGAGGAGCUACAGCGUGCGUCCAGAUGAUAGCGCUCCUAUGUCAGCGACGUAUGCCAGGCAAGCUAGUGUGGCUCCAGUGCAGUACGUCAGGCAGGAGGCUCCUCCUGCCCGAGCAAUGAGCGUUGUGCCUGGCUAUGACUCAGCACCACCCUCAGCGCGUGCUUACAGCCACGCCCCACCACCACAGCAAGUAAGAUACGUCGACCAGUACGGACGCGAGGUGUACCCGGAAGUCAGGCAAGUGCCUGCUGGAGGAGAGUACAGGUAUCAGUGA